UAUACUAUAAUUGACAGAAAAAAUAGGUGUUAAACUCUGAAAUACAAAAAAACGGUUAUAUUUUCUUCAAUUGCAGAAAGAUGUCUCCUCUCUUUUGCUGAUGCUGAAAGAUGUCUAGAGUUCACCUGUGGAAACACCUCACUGAAAUAAACUCCUGCUGGAAAAAUUUUAAAAAGAAUAAUGAAGAGGCGAAGAUUUUUUUCCGGUAUACAAGUUUAGGGUUGGGACUAUCUAUGAUGGCUACCUCUCAAAGCCCUCUUAAUGAUGGUGGAAAUAGUGGUAAUAUCGUGGCCAAUGUCAGCGGUGGACUUCGAUUUUUGCGAUCGGUAAAAAUUGGUCUUCAUAUAUCAGUGGACUAUUAUUUUUCGAUGUUAGGACUCGACGAAUCCUCCAGAAAUUAUAAUGCAAUGAUGAGCAGAAUACAUCAGAGAGCUGCUAAUAAUCUAUUAGAUGGAUGUUUGAAAAAUGGUGGAUGUUAUAUAAAACUAGGCCAAGGUUUAGUUUCUAUGAGUCAAAUAUUGCCAAAAGAAUACAUAUUGACUUUGAAAAGGUUGCAAGAUAAAUGUCUCACCAGGAAAGGGGGUGAAUUGAAUCAACUCUUCAAAGAGGACUUUGGGAAAGAACCACAUGAGAUAUUCAAGACUUUUAAUCCUGAACCACUAGCUGCAGCUAGUAUAGCACAGGUAUACCAAGCAACAACCAAAGAUGAUCAGAAAGUUGCUGUUAAAGUGCAGUAUAUUGAUUUACAAAAGCGCUUUCAAAGUGAUGUAAUUACUGUAAAGGCUCUACUGAAAGUUAUAGGUUUUAUGCAUCCCAAUUUCAAUUUUGCUUGGGUGAUAGGAGACUUGGAAACGACAAUGAAACAGGAACUUGAUUUCAUAAAUGAAGGGUUGAACAGCGAAAGAUGUGCACGGGACUUGAGCUGCUUCAAAUAUAUUCAUGUACCCAAAGUAUUUUGGGACUAUACCUCCUCGAGGGUGCUCGUGACAGAAUUCAUUGAUGGUUGUAAAAUUAGUGAUGUGGAAGAAUUGACAAGGAGCGGCUUUUCUCUAGUGGAUAUCAAUAAGAAGUUGUUCGAAGCUUUUGGACACCAAAUUUUUCAGACUGGGUUCGUUCAUGCUGAUCCACAUCCUGGAAAUAUAUUGAUAAGAAGAAUAAAGAGCAACACGGAGUUGGUACUAUUAGAUCAUGGUUUAUAUCAGCAAGUUUCAGAAGAGGAUCGCCUGGCUCUCAGUUAUAUGUGGAAAGCUAUUGUAUUGAAUGAUCAUAUCGCUAUGAAGAAAUAUUCCUCUAAAUUAGGAGUUGAAAAUUAUGAAUUAUUUGCCGAAAUUUUAACUCAAGCACCAUUGAAAACAAGCGGUUUCAAGCUAAGAUCAAAACUCUCUGAGAAAGACUUGCAGAUUAUGACAGACUUCGCUAAGAAUAAAUUUGAUAAUGUUAUGUGUUGUUUGCAGACGAUGCCAAGAGCACUUCUUCUAGUAAUCAGGAACCUCAACACAAUUAGAGCCAUUUCACAUGAUCAUGGAAAUCCCAUUGACAGAUACAGUGUUUUAGCACGUACCGCCACCAAAAGUAUAUACACCGAAUACAACAGUAUUACAAAUAGAAUUUUAAACUUCCCACUGCAGUUCUAUUUUGAAUUUGUUUUGAGUAUAAAGAGAAUUGGCAUGUGGUGCAGAAAGAAAACGUUGAAAAUUUUGAAUCGACUGGGCAUGGUUCCAGACGUUGAGACAGUAUUGCUCAAGGCAAAUUUGAUUUUCUGAAUCUUCAACUACCUCGUCAAUGAUAUACCUAUGUUUACAUUAUACCUCUCAUUAUAUUUGAUUGUUGAAAUGAUAUGACAUGUUUAAUAAAUGAAUGCAUAUUUUUA